AAAGUGGAAUGCCUGUCUUGUGUUCAGAGUCUUCGUUUGCAAUAAAGAGAUCUCUCAGCUGUCAUUGUGAUUUGCAUGGAUGGGCUACAGCCCCAGGAUUAAAGGGAAUUCUUGUAUCUGCUAAUCCUGUGUGGGCUAGGUGGAGGCAGACUGGGUUUCUUCUAGGGGUGGGAGGAAAAAGGAAUGAUAGUGAAUGUGAUCAAGCUUGGGAGGAGGAGAAGAAAGAGGAGGAGGGAAGAGGAGGUGUAGUCCAUGCUGCAGACACUUUUUUACUCCAGCUCUAAUCAUUCAUUUUAUAGCAGACUGGAGCCAGGGGCUGACGUCAGAAUUCCUAGUAACAUUCUAAGGUUCUAAUCAGCCUGCAGAAUUCUGAUCUCUAUGGAGGAAUAGCCAUUGUGACCUUUAUUGUAGCAAUUUGUAGCUUUAAAGGAGCCUUUGUCACUAGUCUGUCUAGUAAUACUGGUUUAUGUGAUACAGGUUAUAGGAAACAAAGGGCCUUAUUACUGCAUUCAGGUGUUACUAUGGUGUAGGUAAGGGGUUAAAACUGUGGGUGGUAAGGUAAUUAAUGGUUUGCAGCUUUUGGAUCCAUUGCAGUUGAGGAAGAUGUAUCACCUGUGUCCUCAUGCUCUGGUAUUGUAAGUGGUCCAUGCUUCCUACGUUGCGACCUCCCAAGUCCCCGCAUACCCUCACCAGCCUGAAGAUUGCCAUGUGACUUCAAUCCUGACCCACCACAAUGUUUCGAAUGGUCUGCAAUCGCCUGUGUCCCGGUGAAGAAAAACGAGUUGGAACACGCACUGUGUACGUUGGACGCCAGCCAGCUUCAGAAACAGAUUCCUACAUCGCACCGAAAUUCUGUGAUAAUAGAAUUGUCUCCUCAAAGUACACUGUAUGGAACUUUAUACCCAAGAACCUGUUCGAGCAGUUCAGGAGAAUAGCAAACUUUUAUUUUCUUAUCAUUUUUCUGGUUCAGGCAAUUGUGGAUACUCCAACCAGUCCGGUAACAAGUGGCCUCCCUUUGUUCUUUGUUAUUACAGUCACCGCAAUUAAACAGGGUUAUGAAGAUUGGCUGCGGCACAGAGCUGACAGAGAAGUGAACAAAAGCACUGUAUAUGUAAUUGAAAAUUCAAAAUGUGUUAAAAAGGAAAGCGAAAAAAUAAAGGUCGGUGAUAUAGUAGAAGUCAGAGACGAUGAAACUUUUCCCUGUGACCUUAUCUUAUUGUCCUCAAGCUGUGAUGAUGGGGCCUGUACUGCUACAACAGCAAGCCUCGAUGGAGAGUCCAACUUUAAGACCUACUAUGCUGUGCGAGAAACCGCUGCUUUAAGCACUGCAGAAGCCUUUGAUACCCUCUCAGCCACUAUCGAAUGUGAGCAACCUCAGCCUGACCUUUACAAGUUUGUUGGCGUAAUGAAUACAUACACUAACCAGGACAUGAAACCAAGCUCAUUGGGCCCUGAAAAUUUGCUGCUAAAAGGGGCAACCCUAAAGAACACAAAGAAGAUUUAUGGUGUCGCAGUAUAUACCGGCAUGGAAACAAAAAUGGCCUUGAACUACCAAGGAAAGUCUCAAAAGCGUUCGGCAGUUGAAAAGUCAAUCAAUGCCUUUUUAAUAGUGUAUUUAUGUAUCCUGCUCUCGAAAGCAUCCAUAUGCACUGCAUUAAAGUAUUUAUGGCAGAAUAAUCCUGCAAAUGAUGAGCCAUGGUACAAUUUGAAAACACGCAAAGAAAAGGAGUCCUUCAAGCUAUUGAAAAUGUUCACAGAUUUCCUGUCCUUCAUGGUUCUUUUCAACUUCAUCAUCCCAGUGUCAAUGUAUGUUACUGUGGAAAUGCAGAAGUUCUUGGGUUCUUUCUUCAUCGCUUGGGAUAAGGAAAUGUAUGAUCCAGAGAUAAAAGAGGGAGCUCUGGUCAAUACAUCCGACCUUAAUGAGGAGCUUGGGCAGGUUGAGUAUGUGUUUACAGAUAAAACUGGAACACUCACAGAAAACACAAUGGAGUUCAUAGAGUGUUGCAUUGACGGCUACAAAUACAACGACUCUGUGGAGAAUAUGACAGUCACUGAUGGGCCUGGGUUUUUUGGAAAAGCUACAAGGGACAGGGAAGAGCUGUUUUUACGGGCCUUAUGUCUAUGCCAUACAGUGGAAAUGAAAAAAGAAGAAUGCCAGACAGACGGACCUGCAGGAUCAACAGAAAAUAAUGUUUCUUAUAUCUCUUCUUCUCCGGAUGAAAUUGCAUUGGUGAACGGAGCCAAAAAGUAUGGUUUUACAUACAUGGGAAAUGAAAAUGACUACAUGAGAGUUAAGAAUCAAAGGAAUGAAAUGGAAAUAUUCCAGCGUCUUCACGUCUUGAACUUUGACCCGGUAAGACGAAGAAUGAGUGUACUUGUGAAAAGCAACACAGGAGAAUUUUUCCUCUUCUGUAAGGGAGCAGAUUCUUCUAUGUUUGACAGAGUUGCCCCUGACGAGAUUGAAAGGAUUAAGGUGCAUGUGGAGCAGAAUGCUUUGGAUGGGUAUAGAACACUGUGUGUGGCUUUCAAAAAACUAAACCAGGAGGAAUUUGACAAAAUUGAUAAACAACUGAAUGAGGCAAAAUUGGCUCUUACAGACAGAGAAACAAAGUUGGCCAAAGCUUUUGAUGACAUUGAAACUGAUAUGCGAUUACUAGGAGCUACUGCUGUGGAAGACAGACUCCAAGAACAGGCAGCAGAAACCAUUGAAGCUCUACAUGCGGCAGGGAUGAAGGUUUGGGUGCUAACCGGCGAUAAGCUGGAGACGGCCAAAUCCACCUGCUAUUCUUGCAGGCUCUUCCAAAACAACACAGAACUGUUGGAACUGACCACAAGAAAUCUGGAAAAUUAUGAGCGAAAGGAAGAGCACUUGCAAGAGCUUCUUCUGGAAUAUCAUAGAAGGCUAGUACAGGAUGCACCGAAAAUUAAAUCUGGCAUUAAAAGAAGCUGGUCAGAAAGCCAAGAAUACGGGUUGAUCAUAGACGGCUCCACGUUGUCUCUAAUUUUAAGUUCCAAUAGCAACGCCAGCCUUUUUAAAAACAUAUUCCUGGAGAUCUGUCAGAAAUGUACAGCUGUAUUGUGUUGUCGAAUGGCCCCACUACAGAAAGCUCAGAUCGUUAAAAUGGUGAAGAAUUCCAAGGGGAACCCAAUCACCUUAUCUGUAGGAGAUGGUGCCAAUGAUGUUAGUAUGAUUUUGGAAGCACAUGUUGGCAUAGGUAUUAAAGGGAGAGAGGGACGGCAAGCUGCAAGAAAUAGUGAUUAUGCAGUGCCAAAAUUUAAACACUUAAGAAAACUUAUUUUGGUGCACGGCCAUUUGUAUUAUGUGAGAAUUGCGCACCUUGUCCAGUAUUUCUUUUAUAAGAAUCUAUGCUUCAUUCUACCACAGUUUUUGUACCAAUUCUUUUGUGGAUUUUCACAACAGCCACUUUAUGAUGCUGCUUAUUUGACAAUGUACAACAUAUGCUUUACAUCCAUGCCCAUUCUGGCAUACAGCCUUUUGGAACAGCACAUCAACAUAGAAACCCUCAACUCAAAUCCAAAAUUAUAUAUGAGGAUAUCUGAUAAUGCAAUGCUGCAGUGGUUGCCUUUCCUUUACUGGACCUUGCUGGGAGCAUUCCAAGGAUUACUAUUUUUCUUUGGCGUUUACUUACUUUUUCAAAAUCCUUCAUUGGAUGGCAAUGGGCAGGUAUUUGGAAACUGGUCAUUUGGGUCGAUAGUAUUCACAACAUUAGUGUUUACAGUUACAUUAAAGCUUGCACUAGAUACUCGCUACUGGACAUGGUUGAACCAUUUGGUUAUUUGGGGUUCACUGGCAUUCUAUGUCAUUUUCUCAAUCUUUUGGGGAGGAAUAAUUUGGCCAUUCCUCAAACAACAAAGAAUGUAUUUUGUAUUUUCUCACAUGCUGACUUCCGUGUCUGCCUGGCUUGCAAUAAUUCUUCUGAUUUUAAGCAGCCUUUACCCAGAGAUUGUUUUAAUAAUUAUCAAAAAUAUUAAAUCUGCAAAUUCAAAGAAGUUGCAAUUCCAGUUUCCAGUACUGGUAUCUUAUAAGAAUGUGGAGAAUGGGUAUCUCUCUGGAUUUAAGACUCUAGAAUACAAAUCUAGCCCACUGCUGUUAAACUCCGAGCUUUGUGAAUGACCAGUACCAUUGCACAGCGCAACCUCAACCACUAAAAAACAGACAUGAUUAUUUCAGGAAGAACAUUGGAAUAGAGAGUGCACAUCAAUAUGGAGACACUCUUCUGUGAUAAGAUGAAGAUACACAUUUUUUCUUAGCACAGAUCAUACACUAACUUGCAUGUGGAAGCAGUAAAACUAGACAUAGAUGGACAUCAGCAGCAUAUACUGAUGGACAAUUUUUAUGGUCUUCUUUAGCUUAACAAGCUGCAAGAACUAAUGGAUGCGCAAUCAAUGCAGUUUAUCAGAAUGAGUAUCCUGCCAAUACAGCUUGGUGCAUGUGCUGCAUUCAGUAACUAUCAUAAGUGCUAUUUUGAACAAACCUUUACCGAAUCAUCUGAAGUUGCAAGUAGACAAUGAUUCUCUUACUGUAUUGUCUAAAUGAUAUUACUCAUCCGAUAUCGCAUCGUUUUCUUACAGAUUAUACGCCUUUUCAUACAGUUAUCGUUACAGUUUAACAAAUAUAUUUUCAUACAUUUGGUUUCUAAACUUGUGUAAAUCUGCUUCACUUGAAAAAAACUAAUCUUACUAUUUUCAGGGCACUAAUAAGUUUUAAUUCAUUAAA